UAGGUAUUUCAUUGCUUUUUAUCUUUGAUUGUUAUCAAACUACGUUCUUCAAAGUGACAGGGGUAUGUUCAAUAUGUAGAAUUGAAUAAUGUCAAAGAGAAUUGGCAGAUUGUUAAAGAAGAUAAAUAUUGCCAGAAGGUACUGAAGAGAAUAACUUUCAGGGUCUUUGCAAUACGUCUUACGUACCUGUACAUAUUGGUUGUGGUGGUGGUGGUGGUGGCGGCAGCGUCACUCGGGGCCCGUUUCCCAUUAGUUCGUGUAAGUCUGUGCAGUGGAGCUCAGUCAGUAGACAGUCAGCACUAGCUCGAUCAUCUGGUUAGUGAUCAUCGAGGUAUUAUUCUUGUGUGCCUCGAUCUCACAUAUUUUGUCCCAAAUGACAAUAAAAUUUAACCGGCGAACCCACGGCUUAUGUGAUACCUGAAAAUAUCAGAUGAUUUGUUUGUUUAUACAAGUGUACGGAUGAUUAGACAUUUUUUUAUCAGCAUCGUAGUUUGGUUGUUGACGUUUGCCAAAGGUCUAGUCGAAUUGGGACUUAUCAGAAGACUGCUACAAUACAUUUGAACAUAAUUCGGAAGGAAGGGGUGCGUCGCUAGAGCGUUUGACCGGGAAAUGACUAUAUCCUACGCUAGCGAAGUACCAAACGGAUCCAGCUUUGGCUGUUUCUGGCGGAUCCUCAUCAAAUGGCGAGGAUCAGUGUAUAAACUCAUUUGGAGAGAACUUCUGGUCUACCUCUUUUUGUAUUAUUUGAUCAACUUUACUUAUCGAUAUGUACUUAACGACGAACAACAGAAGAUAUUUGAAAAGAUUCGUUAUUACUUUGGCAACUCCAGUGAGUCUAUACCAAUGUCCUUUGUCCUGGGAUUCUACGUAAGUCUUGUAGUGAAGAGAUGGUGGGAUCAGUACAAGCUUCUACCCUGGCCAGACAACUUAGCUCUGUUCAUCAGUGCAGCCAUUCCUGGAAACGAUGAAAGAGGCCGAUUGAUGAGACGUAAUAUAGUCAGAUAUGCAGUACUUGCUUAUGUUAUUACUCUUCAAAGGAUAUCAUUGAGAGUUAAGCGAAGAUUUCCAACUCUCCAGCAUAUUGUAGAUGUAGGUUUAAUGAUGGAGUCAGAGAAAAAAAUUUUCGAGAUGAUGAACAAAAAAGCAGCAAUGUCUAAAUACUGGAUGCCGCUAGUGUGGGCAACAAAUAUAAUAAAUAGAGCAAGGAAAGAAAAAUUAAUAGAUAGUGACCAAGUCGUUCAGACUCUUCUGGUGGAACUCAGUGACAUUAGAAAAAGAUUAGGUGCUCUAAUUGGUUAUGAUACUGUUUGUGUUCCUCUAGUUUAUACUCAAGUCGUUACGCUAUCCCUUUAUGCCUACUUCUUUUCAGCACUUUUAGGCCGUCAAUUUGUGGUACAUUCAGCAGGAGCUGGAAAGUAUGAAGAUCCAGAUAUGUAUUUUCCAGUAUUUACAACUCUUCAGUUUUGCUUUUACGUUGGAUGGCUAAAAGUAGCUGAAGUUUUAAUUAAUCCAUUUGGAGAAGACGAUGACGAUAUUGAACUCAAUUGGCUCAUUGAUCGUCAUAUAAAGGCCAGUUAUAUGAUUGUGGAUGAGAUGCAUGAAGAGCAUCCAGAACUUUUAAAAGAUCAGUAUUGGGAUGAAGUUGUGCCAAAAGAUUUGCCAUAUACUGUAGCAAGUGAACAAUACCGACGUGAAGAACCAAAAGGUUCUGCAGAGCAUUACAAAAUUAAAGAAAGCGACGCUCUUUAUGCGAACGUGAUGUUAGGUACUCAAAUUCAUAGCAUUAAUCAACAUAGAAAAGCACAUCAAGAUGAUAUGUAUGCAGAUUAUGAAAGCGUGGAUACACCUUUAGUUGAACGAAAAAAGAAUUGGCUUCAACGUCAAAUUACUAGAAUGGGUUCCGUCAGAAGUUCAUCAACAACUUAUAGUAGCAAUGGAGGAUUUUUUUCUCGAAAUAGACACAAUAGUGUAUAUAGUAGUCCUGAAAAUGGUGGAUUACCUCAGAAUAAUUCCAAUUCUGGAACAAAAAUUUCUUUGUAUGAUCGAUUAGUCGGUAGAAAGAGUAUUAGAAGCCAGCGAAUGGGUCGUCAAGGAACGAUGACGAAAUUAAAUGCAGUGCCAGUGUCUCUAAAAAACCGACCUAGAAUUCCAACACCAGAUGUAACAAAGGAAGUAAUAGAUCGUGAACAAAAGCUAGCACUCUCAGCAAGUAAUGCCGCAAAUAUUGGAGCUGGAGUUGUAGGUGUGGGUGUUGUUCCAACUAAUGGACACUAUCCACACGACAUUUCAGUAGUUCAAUUAGUUUUAUCGCCAAUUGCGGAAACUGAAGGUACUCCUGCAUCUGGAAAAGGUGGAACCGCUGCUCUAGCUCAAGCAGUGUUGCCUCCUACAUUGACUAGUGCCGGAUUUGCGGCUCCUGUCACUUUAACUCCAGUGACAAUUAGUCAGUUAUCACAGUUGGGAAUAGGCACCACAGUUGCAUCGCCUAUGCCACGAACGAGUGAGGUACAAGCUUUUCAUCAAGCCACAUUGACUGAAGUGAACAGUAGUGAAGAAGAAGGAUCAACAAGUUUAAGUAUUAUCACAAGUUCGAAAAAUUCAACAACAGCUGAAGGUCAAGAAGAUCGGUCAACACCUUUAAUUGGAGAACGUCAGAGUCCAAUUGGAAGUCACGGAAGCACCCCUACCUUUGACAGUUACAAUGAACGUUCAGCUAUUUUAAUGAGUCCUGAUAAGCUCAGUGGAUAUACCGUAAAAACACCACCAACAUCACCAGAAGCCCGUUCAAAAGAUUCUAACAGUGAUGCAAGAGGAAAACGAUCAACGUCACUUCCAAGUCCUCCAGCAAUGAUGCAGCUGCGAGAUGAUCGCAGUAUGUCCUUACCUCACUCGCCUGGAUCUGAUCGUAAUGAGUUACGACCAAUAUCUGCUACCAAUAAACAUGUAAAUCCGGUAAUUGGAGGGCUUAAUUCAAUAAAUCAAGAGGGAAGACAAAGGACUAGUAGUGUGGGAAGAGAACUCUCUCGACCACGCCAUCAAGAACCUCAUAGAAGAAUCAGUACUCCUGCCACAACUAAUUCAUCUAUUUUAACUUCUGGAAAUAUUCAGAGGUCGAAUAUUCCUGAAGAUAAUAGAGGCGAAGUCUAUGUUUGAUUAUUAAUUUCUGAUAGAUGAAUUAAUAAUUUGAUUUAGUGAAUCUCAUUAGUGUGAAUUUUUUGUAUAUAAUAUUUAUACGUUGCCAAUUUUGUUGAAAAAGUGGAUAUUAAUAAGUAAUGUUACUUGUUGUUAAGCUUCCAGUAUAUUUUGAUGAUAUUAUUUUGUGAUAUACGAAUAAUAUAUGAAUUAAUCGCUAAUGAUGUAUCUAUAUCUACAAGUGUAUAUAAAAUGUUGUAUUUAUAGUCGAGAAAAUGAGACCUUCAUUUGGUGUUUGAUGCCAUAAUAAUUAUUUAUUCAAGGUCUCAGAAAACAUAAAAGGUUUUCUACGUUUUACCAGUAGCCAUAAUAUCAUUUAGAAUAAUUAAUAUGUCCAAAUGGAGUGUAAAUGUUUCACCUACAGUAUUUAUUGCUUAGGAAGAUUAUUUGAUUUUUUAGCUGGUGCUCAUAUAUAAUUAUUGAUAGUUAUUUCUAAGAUAUUUUAAUAAUUAAUUAUAUAUUUUUAUGUACUUAACCAGAUUAAUUAAUAUGAUAGCUCAAUUGAUUAAGCAAUAAUCCAUACGUCCAUUACAUUGUAGGGAGAAAUUAAUUAUACUUUUGUUGAUAAUUAUACUUUUCGCAAUAUAUCGACAAUAGAAUUAAGAAAUAAUUUUAUUACAGAAAUAUAAUGAAAUAUUCUCGUAGAUAAUUAUGUAAAUAUCUAUAAUGUGCAAUCAAUUAAAUACUAUUUAAUUUAUCAUUUUUAUCCAGGAAUACAUAUCCCACGAAGACUUACUUACCAUAAGAUUUGAGUCUAUCGUGUAAAAAGUUUAUUUUAUUUACAGUAUUUGUAUAUAGUAAUGAUUAUAAUGAUAACUAUAAAUAUUCAUAUUGUAUAACUAAGUGAGUAAUUUUUAAAAUUAUUAUU